CCGCUUUCCUUCUUCAUGCCGCCUUCCUAUCGAUAUACAUGGAUCACGACGGCUUGCUUUGCGACGAAGUUUUGGACUUGACUCCUCCGCCGCUAAAUGAGUCCAGUGCCGCAGAGCCGCCGCCGCGGCAGCAGCCUAGUGUAGUCUGCAAUGCGGCGGCGCCGUUUUCCAGAGAAGAAUUUGAAGAGGCGGUUGGAAUUCUGGUGGAGAAUGAGAAGAAUCAUAUGCCAGAACCGGGUUAUGCCAAUUACCUUCAAUCCAACACUCUGGUUUACAAUGCUAGGUUUAAAGCAGUUCGCUGGAUUAUUGGGUCUCAAAAACGGCUGAGUCUCUCCCCCGAAAGCAUAUUCUGUGCAGCAAAUUACAUUGAUCGCUUCAUAUCAUUAAGAAAAUGUCAAGGAUGGGAGUGUUGCAUGUUCGAUUUACUAUCAAUUGCAUGCUUGUACGUGGCUUCUAAAUUCAAUGAAACUCACCUUCCUUCAUUGCAUGCAUUUCAGAUGGAGGGGGUAGAGCAUCCCUUUGAAGAUGAGCUAAUUAGACGGAUGGAGUUGAGGCUUGUGGAGACUCUUGGAUGGAAGAUGAAGUCUAUAACUCCUUACUCUUAUCUGCAACUCGUGGAAUGGAAACGUACUCUCAUCCCUUGCAAUUUUACUCUACAAGACGAUGUGUUGAUGAAAACAUCACAUGCUGUUACUGAGAUGCUUCUUGACCUACUCUUUGAUCCUAAGUUCCUAGAGUUCCGACCGAGUGUUGUGGCAGAAGCUACACUUCAGUGCGUCCUCAAAGAUGUAAUUAUACCUAACCGAGGUUGCAACCUGCAGUAUUUCGAACAUUUCACUUCUACCCUUCCUCAAGAUCAAAAGGAUGGUUUGAAAGUGUGCCAUGAGAUGAUGAAUAAGAGAAGAUCUAGACAAGAAACACAAGAGGAGUGCCAUACACUCUCUACUAGAAAGAGGAAGAAGGACAUUGUUCCUUGCGGAGGAGGGCAGGAAAAAAGAGUGAAGGAAAGUCGAGGUGGAUAAGAUAUACUCCCUACAUAUUAUGUCUCUAUGUGUGUGAGUACUGUAUGUGUACAAAUAUUUGUAUACAUGUUUAUUUUUUAUAUAUAUACUAAGCCUGGAGUACAACUGGAGUAUUAUAUGUCCAGAGUGAAAAUAAGCCUGAAACAAUUAUAUCAUAUUACUCAUUUUUAGAUAGAUUAUAUAAAUGUAGCAAUUCAUAUU